GUUUUCGUUUUGCGGAGGAAAUUUCGAAACAUGUAUUUGAAACAAGAAAUAAACUGAUAACUUCCUUUUCCACCUCAUAUUCUUUCAAGAAAUUAUUCUGUAAAUUAUGCAAUCUUAUAUGCAACAUCAGUUCUAUUAUGUAGGCUGCCAUUUGUUUACAAUUUCAAAAAAUACUAGAUGAAGAGUGAAUAAAAAUCGAAGAUGUCGACAGUUGCAGAACACGUCCCUUUUUUACACCUGUGUAGGUUAUGUCAAAAAAUUUCGGAUAAAAAAGGAAAAGAUAAAAAAGUUAAACCUUUGGUAGAAUUUAUACAUUAUUGGCAAGACUUUCAUAAAAAACUUCAUACAUCUAAUCCUGAUACAACAGAUUCCUUUUUUCCUGCCAUGCGUCUUUUACUUCCGCAAUGUGAAAGACAAAGAGCGGCCUACGGAAUAAAAGAGUUUACUUUAGCCAAGCUGUUGAUUGAAAUAUUUUGUCUGGAUAAAAACAGUGUUGAUGCCCAAAAGCUUCUGAAUUAUCGAUCUCCAAAAUCUGCAAAUGCAGAAGCAGGGGAUUUUGCUAGUGUGGCAUACUUUGUACUGAAAAACAGAAGUCCAGAGAAAGGAACCUUGACAAUUUAUGAUAUAAAUUACUAUCUUGAUAGCAUUGCAGCUAAUCAUGCAGAUAAAAAUAAAGAUGAGUUAAAGCAUGAUUUAUUGCAUUUGUUACGGAACACAACAGCUUUGGAACAGAAGUGGUUAAUUAGAAUGAUUUUAAAAGAUAUGAAGUUAGGAAUAAGUGAAAAUACAAUUCUAAAUGCAUUCCAUACUGAUGCAAGAGAUUUAUACAAUGUUACAAAUAGUUUGGAGAAGGUUUGCUGCAGCUUGAAAGACCGAUCUGUUAGACUUCAUGAAAUUGAAAUUAGUCUUUUCUCACCUUUCCGUCCUAUGUUAGCUGAAAUGGCCUUACCAACUCAAGUUGAAGGACUAAUGAAAGGCAAACCAUUUUUUAUUGAAACAAAAUAUGAUGGAGAAAGACUGCAGCUUCACAAGGAUGGGAACUCCUAUAUGUAUUUUUCUAGAGGAGGAUUUGAUUGCACGGAAACAUAUGGGAGCACUCCUUCUCAAGGCAAUUUAACACCAUUUAUUCACAAAAGUUUCAAGCCAGGCAUUAACAAAUGCAUCUUAGAUGGAGAAAUUGUGAUAUACAGCAAUAAACUGAAUUGCAUUGUUUCAAAAGGAGAAAAUGCUGAUGUUCAAGCUCUGGAACCAGAUGGAGAUUAUGAACCCUGCUUUUGUGUUUUUGAUAUAUUGAUGCUUAACGAUAAAGUACUGAGCAGUCUUCCUUUGACUGAGAGAAUUAGUUACAUCAAGAAUACCUUUACUGCCAUUGAAAAUAAAAUCCGAUACACUGAACAGAUAACUGCCUCAACUAAUGAUGAAGUUACUGAAGAAUUAAACAAGGCAAUAGACAGUAGAUUAGAAGGUAUUGUUGUGAAAAAUCCUGAUUCCAUUUAUAAACCAAAUAUGCGAAAAGGAUGUGGAUGGCUGAAAGUCAAACCAGAAUAUAUUGAAAAUUUGAUGGAUGAAUUAGACUUGCUUAUCAUUGGUGGAUACUAUGGUGAAGGACGGCGAUCCACUGCUAUAUCUCAUUUUUUACUUGCGGUGGCUUCACCAGACCAGACAGAUGGCAUGCCAAAUAAAUUUUAUUCCUUCAGUAAAGUCGGUUCUGGGUAUUCAUUUAAAGAAUUGUAUGAACUUUCUGGGAAGUUUGGAGAUCAUUGGCAGCCCUACAAUCCCAAGAAAUCCCCAAGUUAUUUAGUAAUUGGUGGAGGAAGAAAAGAGCAACCUGAUGUGUGGAUUGAACCUUCAAAAUCUGUUAUAGUGCAAGUAAAAGCAUCUGAAAUCGUUAGAAGCAAAGGUUUUGCUACAAACUGCACUCUUCGAUUCCCCAGAGUUGAAAAAAUUCGUUAUGACAAGCCUUGGCAUGAUUGUAUGACCACAAUAGAGCUGGACGAUCUUAGAAAUUUAGCCCAAGGUAGAUUGGCAACAAAAAGGAGUGUUGCUAGUGAAGAGGAACCUUCUCCAAAAAAGCAAAAGAUUCCGAAAGAGAAGGCUGCUACUGUCGCACCUCAUUUUCGUCCUACUGAUACAAGCUCUGUUCAAAAGGUUUCUGAACUUUUUAAAGAUAAAGAAAUAUGUGUUAUUUUUGCUUCGCUUGAAAGAAAACAAGCCAUGGAAAAACUUAUUGUUCAGCAUGGUGGAAAAUGUGUGCAAAAUCCAGGUAACAAUACUUUCUGUGUUGUCUGUGAUAAAACUACAGUUAAAGUGAAAAAUAUAAUAAAAACUGACAUGUAUGAUGUUGUGAAGUGUGAAUGGAUUGACAAGUGCAUACAAAACCAAAGGUUAUUGUCAUGGAUUCCUGAUGAUUUGAUACAUGCAACAGAAAAAACUCGUGAUAAUCUUGGAGAACUUUUUGAUAAAUAUGGAGAUAGCUUUACUGAAGAUGUUACCGAAGAUUCUUUGAUGAAAAUAUUCAGUAAUAUUCCAAAAGAGGAAUGGAUGAGUGUAGAAGUAUCUAGUCGACAAAUUGCUGAAAUGGAAAAAUCUUUAUUUUCUGAACAAUCCCCAUAUGGUCUGUUUAGGGAAUGCUGGAUAUUCAUAAAAUCAAAAAAUGAUGAUGUUAUUCCAUUUGAAGACUUGAAUGAGGAUUGCAAGAUAUUAUAUUUUCAACUAAAAUUACAUGGAGCUAAUAUGUGUAAAAGCACUGAUGAUAGAACUACUCAUAUCAUUAUACCAUCUUGUGAUGGCAUGUCUGAAAAGGUUUGUGAAUCCAUGGCACAGUUGAAAAAAAGAAAUAUUCACAUACUAACUGAGCAAUGGGCACAAGACAGCAUAAAAGAAAACAAGCUUUUGAAUGAAGAGGACUAUGAAAUAAAAAAGGAAUCAGUGGAUAGUAGUGAUGAAUCAUUGUUUUCUUUUUAGAAAGAACAUUUAAUUUACUAUAUGUACAAAAUAAAUUAUUAACAUGUCAGUACAAAUAAAUAUUUUAUACUUAUUUUAAUAAAAUGCAUUUUAAAUUA